AUGACUGUGUCAUCGUUAAUACCACAACUAGUGUUUUUUGCGCGACUCCUAUUCCUCUUCACAUGUGUCAUUAACAACACACCCUAUCCCAUCACCCUCGUAUGGCCAUAUGAUGCACCAGUUGGAAGGCGUCUCCAGAAGGACAAACACCUGAAGUUUUGGCAUGUUAGACAACAACCAAGGGAAACGGCUAGUGAGUUUAUCUUAGCAGAAUUGAUUAUUCGAGGAGUCACUCUCGCUCCCGAUCCCACUACAGUUGGUGACUUUCUUGUUAUGGAUACAAUAGACGGUGACAUCUUUCUGCACAUGAAGCAAAUGCACCUGGCAGCCGGGCACUGA